CACGCCAACGACAUCUUAUAAGAUCGGGCACAUGCGCCGCCGCCAAGAAAACCCUAGCUAGCGCCAAAAGAAAAGAAAAAAGUAAGCCCUAGCUUGCACGCGCGCCGUAACGCACCAUGGCGCCAUGUCCUGCUCCUACCUCCGGCAAGGUGCUGCUACCGCUCGCGAGCGGGACGGAGCCGAUGGACGAUGACGUGCUCCGCUGCGCCUCCGAUCCCAACUGUGGCGUCAAGCCUCUCCUCUCCAGCGUUGAUUUGGAACUAAUCACAUUCCCGAUGCAGAUCUUUGUUAAGACCCUCACUGGCGGAACCAUCACUAUUGAUGUCAAGAGUUCAGAUACUAUGAAGAAGGUGAAGAAUAAGAUCCAUGACAAGGAGGGCAUCCCUCCAGACCAGCAGCGUCUCACAUUUGGUGGCAAGCAGCUGGAGGAUGGCUGCACCUUGGCCCAAAACGACAUCCAAAAGGAGUCUACCCUUCUUCUUGCCCUCCGUGGAGUGCUGGAGAUUUCUGUGGAGACCCUCAGCGGCAAGGUGGUCAUCCUCCCGGUGGAGCCAUCAGAUACCAUCCGUGCUGUCAAGGCAAAGAUCCAGGUUCAACAUCAUCUUAUCUUCAAGGGGGAGGAAAUGGUGGACAGCUUCACUUUGGCUAAUUAUGGCAUCAGGGAUAUGUCUAUGUCCGGUUUUGAGUUUCAUUUCCACCUCCAAGAAAGGAUGAAAAUCUACAUCAACGCACUGGACAACCCUCUCUAUGUUAAGAGCUCGGAUACUAUUGACAGUAUCAAGAUGAGGAUUAACGAUGAGUAUGGUAUUCAUCCAGGCCAGCAACGCCUCAUGUUCAAAAAGAUGGCGAUGAUAUUGAGAGUUGAUCCGCACUCAACCUUACAGGGCAGCCGUAUUUUGGCCUAUUAUAACAUCCAGAAUGGAGCCACUCUCGACCUUGUCAUCUGUCUCAGACCCAGACAAAUGCAGAUCUUCGUCAAGAAUUUGAUAUGGAAAACCUUGACGCUGCAGGUUGAGAGCUCGGAUACCAUUCACAGUGUCAAGGAGAAGAUUGAGCAAGUGGAACGUAUUGACCCGGCAAGGCAACGCCUCAUCUAUUGCGGGCGGCAGCUGGACGAUGGCCUUACACUAGCGGACUACAAGAUCGAGGCUGAAUCUACUCUUCGUCUUGGCCUCCGUCUCAGGUCAUGUUCAAAAUAUCCUGGCAACCAUGAGUAGAGUGUGUGUUAAUGAUUCUGAAGCGAUUUUCUGGGAUCAUCCUUUGGUCGUACUUCCACAUAUUAGUAGUUUAUUUUUAUUCAUGUAUCUAACAUGUGAAUGUUUCUACUCCUAGUAGUUUGGUUGCUUGCUUCACGCAACAUAG